AUGAACAAGUGGCUAGGUGUAGAAUACAGCGAUUGGUCUACAGAGAACUACACUCUAGGUGUAGAAUACAGCGAUUGGUCUACAGAGAACUACACUCUAGGUGUAGAAUACAGCGAUUGGUCUACAGAGAACUACACUCUAGGUGUAGAAUACAGCGAUUGGUCUACAGAGAACUACACUCUAGAUGUAGAAUACAGCGAUUGGUCUACAGAGAACUACACUCUAGAUGUAGAAUACAGCGAUUGGUCUACAGAGAACUACACUCUAGGUGUAGAAUACAGCGAUUGGUCUACAGAGAACUACACUCUAGAUGUAGAAUACAGCGAUUGGUCUACAGAGAACUACACUCUAGAUGUAGAAUACAGCGAUUGGUCUACAGAGAACUACACUCUAGAUGUAGAAUACAGCGAUUGGUCUACAGAGAACUACACUCUAGAUGUAGAAUACAGCGAUUGGUCUACAGAGAACUACACUCUAGAUGUAGAAUACAGCGAUUGGUCUACAGAGAACUACACUCUAGGUGUAGAAUACAGCGAUUGGUCUACAGAGAACUACACUCUAGAUGUAGAAUACAGCGAUUGGUCUACAGAGAGCUACACUCUAGAUGUAGAAUACAGCGAUUGGUCUACAGAGAACUACACUCUAGAUGUAGAAUACAGCGAUUGGUCUACAGAGAACUACACUCUAGAUGUAGAAUACAGCGAUUGGUCUACAGAGAACUACACUCUAGAUGUAGAAUACAGCGAUUGGUCUACAGAGAACUACACUCUAGAUGUAGAAUACAGCGAUUGGUCUACAGAGAACUACACUCUAGAUGUAGAAUACAGCGAUUGGUCUACAGAGAACUACACUCUAGAUGUAGAAUACAGCGAUUGGUCUACAGAGAACUACACUCUUAAACUACAGAAGAAUGUUCUAGGCGAACAAAACUUUCUAUCAAAUGCUAGAGUGUUUUUACAGCACUUAUCAACACUUAUCGACGUAACUUAG